AUGAACAACCGUGCCAACAUUGCCAUUCUGCUGCUGGUGCUGCUCUCCUGUGGCGCAUUCGCGGCCGUAACAAAGAGUCCAGGUCGCAGUGACAACGUGCUUGAUAGACAGGAGGACGCGACAAUCUCGGACCUGGAGCAGGUGAUAAGCGAAGAGGUUGAGAAGGAGAUGGCGGCGGCGGAGGAGGAGGAGGAGGACGAUGAUGCCGGGAUGGACGAUGUGGAGGUGUGGGUGAAGAUGGGUGAGAGCUCUGCGUCUGCAGAUGGAGAGGACGCGGGUGAGGUUGUUUUGGCACCCGCGGGAUUCUUCCGGCGCAUCGGACGUGCUUUUAGCCGAGUUGGACGAGGGAUUGGUCGAGGAUUUCGACAGUUGGGCAGACUAAUGCCCCGUGGCAAUUACAAAAUCUGUCUUGGCCGUUGUCCCUGA